AUGAGUUUUUCGAAUGGGUGGUUGGGCGGGUUUAAAAAGCGAUAUAAUAUUCGAUUGGGGAAUGCUGCUGCUGCAUCUGCAAUGGAUACUAUGAGCGGCGUAACUCUGACUAGUACUAUUCAUUCAAUCGAGCAGUUGCAAAGUGCUGCUCGUAUGUACGAUCCACGGGACGUCUAUUGUAUGCAGGAGACGGGACUUUUGUAUGAGUUGUCACCGGAAAAACCAGCUGGAAGAGGACGAGCUGCUAGAAAAGAGAAUUGUGAAGAAAGACUUACGAUUGUCUUUGCAGUAAAUGCUGAUGCUAGUGAUCGGAUGGAGCCCAUGUUUAUUGGACAGGGUAAAGUACCACAACUUAUUGAGGAACUUGAUGCAGAUUCACGUCAUUUUUACUAUCAAAACAACAAACGUGCGUGGAUGACACCCGUUAUGUUCCAGGACUACAUCUCGGCAGUUGACACGAGGAUGCGCGAUGAAGGUCGCUAUAUUCUGCUGCUCGUGUCUCCUGCACCGUCUCAUGUCUCGCUUGGGCUUGAGCUGACCAAUGUCCGACUGGAAUUCUUGCCGUUAUCCAUGAUGGAGCCUUUGUCCAUGGCAAUGCAAGUGGCCAUGCCCGUUAAUGCAGGCAUCAUUGCGGCGUUUAAGCGCCGGUAUCGGCGCUACCACAUGCUAUACGCGCUGGAUCGCUUUGAGGCAGGGCGACAGGAUGUCUUUCAUGUGGAGCAGCUGCAAGCUAUGCGUUGGGCGCGCCAUUGCUGGAAGCAGGAGUUGCCAGAGGAAAUCAUCCGCAAAUGUUGGGCUGCGACGGAGAUUCUCGUGCCCAAGCCGAACCCCGAAACGUUGGCAGCAUUCGAGUCGGUCGAAGAGGAUAUCGACAAGGAGAUUUGCGACACAGUGUCAGCACUCGACAUCUUGCGACCGCUGCCUAUUGAUGAAUUUGUGAGCCCUCGUGAUGAGAACGCUGGAAUUCACUGCGCCGGCCUGGAAGAAACAGAUUUUAUGUUUACUGUUCCAGACAACACUGGCUUUGAUAGCAAGCUCAAUGUAAAGAGGGUACCACCUAGUGUUAUGGAUGCAGCCAGGCAGCAAGGAGUGGCGCCUACCGAGUUGACACCGCGUUUGCAAGAGUUGCACGCUCGCAUUGAAGCGUCAGCAUCGUCGGCAUCGACGUUGGGUCUAGCGCAUAGCAUGCAUGCGGUUCAUUCGGGAGAAGUUUCGGCCUCCGUACUGACAUCUUCCACAGGGGUGGAAGACGUGCUUGGCUUGUCGACACCUUCCUCUGUGGGAAAGCCUGUCGACGGGCCUGCGACGAAUGAGCAACUGAUCGAGUGCUUUAAGGUGCUGCUGCCUGAACUGGACCGACUGCGUUUCGACGAUCACACGAAGAAGAGUAUACGCACUACUUUUCGUAAACUGAAAGAGACAGCCGAACAGCAAGCUCUGGACCGCAAACGUGGCACCAUGAAGAAGGCCGAGCCGCAUCAGCACUACCAACCUCAAAUGCAGCCUUCGUCCCAGGAGCAGCAAGCACAGGUAUUACAAAUCCAGCAAUUACAGCAGCAACAGAUACAGCAGAUGCAGCAGCAGCUUUUGAUGCAGCCAGACGUGGCGAUGGCAAUGACCACCCAGACGUCGCAGAUUGGCGAGAACACAGUUUUGUAG